GCGUGCGCGUUUGUUAUAGAAGAAACGCGGCAAGUGCGAAGUACUUGCAGUUUUUAUUGCUAGAGGUUGGCGAAGACAGCACUGCAAUUUGUGGGUAACAGAACAAAGCGAGCGCCACUCGUCAGGAAAGAACUACCUGCUUCAUUUCAACUGCGCCAGAGAUUGCCACAGCAGUGAGCAGAAAUGCAGCAUCGGGGAGUCAUACGCUAGUUCAAGAUAACUUAACUUGUAUACCUCCUACACUUCCGCGAAUGCUUACACGAGCAACAAUAUCUUACCAGCAUGGUGUCCCCUUCACAUUGAGAGGACCACGAAGAUAAGUUACAUGAACAUCCGAUAAAUGUACAUUUUUCGUUUUUGUUGUUGUAAGUGAGGGUGAGUUUGGGUAGAUCAUGCGGCGGAGAGAUAGCAAAGUUAACCGAGGCACCUCUGCUAGCGUUCGAAAAUUUGCACAGUUGUGCCAAGCUAGUGGCGCACCCAAAUGUCUCGUUUUUUUUUUUUUUUUUUUUAGCCGAGCGGUAUCAUUUCAAUCGAAAUGCCGAAGUGAUAAAACUUUGAUUAGUUUCCGUUCUUUCUUGGCAUUGAGUGCGCAUGUGUGGUGAUUCAACAUUGCGCAUUCGUGAAUACACGCCAGUUACACGGCAUCGAAUCAUCAAGCAUGGCUGAUGAAAGAAGCUACGAAUACAGGCCUCCUGAGUUUGGUAUGACGGACGAGGCAACAGCAAGCACAAGCUAUGGCGGUACCAUGGGCGCUUCAUCUACCUUGGGCGCCUACACAACUAUUCCUGAUGACGCGUGGAAGUACCAGUGGAACACACAGCCCACGCCGAUAACCGACGGGACUUACGUCGAAGCCGUCCCUGACAAUGGCAUCACAAGUUACCAGCAUCUGGGGGGCGUCAGCAGCAUCGACCACGCAAGGCCCAGCACAAGCCGCGCUGGCAUGAAGGAAGCAUUAGCCAAUUUCGAAGGCGGCCUCACAAUUUCCGAGAGCACCAUGGUUCACCAAGGGAACACGCAGUACGAACCGGCUGAAAGCACGUCCACUGUCUUCGGGCAUAGAGACAAAACAGAAACCGGAAGCACCGGUCUCACACUUCCAGUCUGCAGCAGCAGCAGCGGUGGCGAUUACACAGUGGCCAGUAUGAGCCGGACUGGCACUGACGAAGCAUCGGGCACUUCUGGAAACGACGCUAGGAAUGCUACUGAAGCCGGAGGAAUGGAACAGCAAGAGUCCUGCGGUGUCAGAGCACGUGAUCAAUCGUCUGUCGAGAAGCCAAGCCUCAAAUGUGAAACAUGUGGUAAAUUUUUCAACAGGGCUCGCUAUCUAUCUUCACAUUACCGCAUGCAUACCGGUGAGAAACCAUACAAAUGUCAAAUGUGUGGUAAAUCAUUCGCGCACAGCUCGACUUUCCGUAAUCAUGAACGGAUUCACACAGGCGUGAAACCAUAUAUCUGCCAAAUAUGUACAAAAGCAUUCAAAAACAAAUCGGAACUUAACAGUCAUGUCAAAUCACACAGUAACGACAGACCUUAUGUUUGCGACAUAUGUAAUCUCUCCUUUAAGCGCAACUCACAUCUCCAAAGGCACCGCCAAAUAAUUCACUAGAGUAAAAUGUCGUAUGAGUGCAAGCAGUGUGGAUUUCGGUUCGCAAAGAAAGAAAACCUCGACGUACAUCUCUGCCAGAAUACUGGAUGCUAGUUGUGUGGAGAUUCGUUUAGAGAUGCACUUGAAGCUAUUGCACAACCCGUGACGCAUACGGGUGGGCAGUCGUAACAGUGUGAGUAAGGCGUAAGUGAAGUAAAUCGCCCAUGGGUGUUGCAUAGGAACGUGACCAUGGAGCCGUGCAGGAAAAAAUAACCACUGACAUUCUCCGGGUUAGUGAUAAACUAACCGAACGCAUCAUGUGGAGAGACGGGCUUCUUUGGGCGUUCAGAACUGCUGAGUGAAAUGCAAGACAUAAGGGAUGCCACUUGAUUUUUGGCAAUUACGAGACAAAGUGUCUUCUCCAGCAGAAUUUCGAAUGCUUGGAAUGUCGAAAUAUACUGCAGGUCCUGGCUAGAGCUCCCUGUUUGCAGGAUUAUCUUGUUCGCCACCGUAGCUUUACCAAACUCACUUCUAGACAAACCCUAAUUGGAUGCAAGUUCGUGUUUUGUCACUAGAAGGUUGAAAUGUUCGCACAAAAUCCUUGACACUUUAGGUUUUGUGGAAGCUGCCUCCCAGUGUACAAUAAACAAGCUUUACGUAACCAUCCUUUUAAUUAUUCUGCAGUGUGAAUAGAAGGGAACACCUCUCAUCAGAAACCAUUUAAAAAAGAGGUAGUUUUCUUUUCAACUAAAAGAAAAUAACUGCCAAUAAUUGUGGUCCAUAGGCGUUGCUGCCUUCCAGAGAAAGCUUUUAUGACAAUAUGUGAACAUAAACAAGGGGAAAUUGAUUUCCCUUACAAAUUGUUCAAUGCACGCAAUGUUUUGGUUCUCUCUUUGGGUCUUUUAUUCAUACGGAAAAUUUUUCUUGUACAUACCGCCAUAGACAACAGUGACAUUGUAUUAAAUUCUAACCAUCUGGAUCUUCUCAAUUUGUGUUCUCUCAAUACGAAUAUUUUAGUUGUUGUAUUGAGGCAGAACUUGUGUCGGUUUUAAAGUGGAGUUUCUUAUUCACCCAGAAGUCGUCUCAUUUGACUUGCACUAGUUACAGCUGUAGAAUUUUUUAGCCUGAUGUGACAAACGUAUCCCUGCGAGUGAGAUACAGUUUUUAGUUAUAUUAUUGACACGCGCAACACCGUAUUCUUGAUCUAAGCGCGUAUCACCGGCUAACAAAUCUUAAGUUACUGCUCAUUAUAUGACACUCCUGCAAGCAUCAGAACAUUCUCCAAAUUUUUUGCCGAUUUUAUCUUUUUGGUUUCUUUAUUGUUGCCCAAGUUUUGUUGUCAAAUGGCACGCGCAACGCGAAUACAUUGUGCAUUCUGGAGGACAAUUGAGCGCCAAUGAUAAAGGUGAAAUCUUCUACGAAAGAAAGUUAGAAUAGCCGAUACUCCUUAUUCGGAAAUUAUUUUUUCAACGAUCGACUCAUGUACCCGGCACUAUCUUACUGCCCGACUGUAUCUUGUUUUGCUGGU